AUGGGGAACAUGGAGAAUAAUAACAUCAAUACCAACAACAAUAACAAGCAGUGGCCUUUGCAAUGUGAAAUCUUGCACAACCAGACGGAGAAUUUGGACAAGGAAACUCCUUUUGAUGAGCUCCACUCGAAAGCUUAUGUGAGAGGAUACAGUGGUUGUAGACAGAAAACAGAGCCUGCUGAACUUUUUCCCUUCCCUUCGGUCAGGAGAGUGGUCUCAUAUGGGGGCCGAACCCAUAUGGAGGAUACUCAUAUAUGCGUUGGUGACUUAGCUAAAAAGUUUGUUUAUAAUGAUGAACUCAGUGAGGAAGCUAUCUCCUUCUAUGGUGUAAGUUUUUUUCACCUUCUUCCGCUGUAUAACAAUUCAAGAACCAUCCCAAUACUUCUCAAGGUUUUCAUUGUAAACCAUGGUUACAAUGAGAACGAGAAUACUAAGAAAAGUUUUUUGGACAAUUUCUAA